GCCCAGUCCCACACAUCUGUACCAUAAUCUAUCCGAGGACCCCCUUAGUAGUGGAGAAUGAUCUCAUUGAUUUACGCCGGGAUGCCGGUUUCCCGAAUUAUCAAGUCAACUCAAUCAAAGCACCUGACUCGCUAAUGCCGUGAUUCCAUGAUACCAUAGUUACCGUCUUUUCGCUGACAAGCUUAUGACCGGUUAACUCCAUGGUUGCUGGUGUUAAAUAGAGAGGUUGCCGGCACGAGGGAUAAAGCAAUUGCCCUUUAUCAUCGACUUCUGAUUGCCUUUGUCAUAUCAACAUAACAGACCUGCCAUAAUGUCUACCGAAACUGUCCUCAUCUCCGGUGCCUCCGGUUUCGUCGCCACGCACGUUGUCGAUGCCUUCCUCAAGGCUGGCUAUGCCGUCCGGGGAACCGUCCGCUCUCAGGACACCGCCGAGAAGGUCCGUCGCACAUUCCCUCAGUAUGCGGAUAAGCUCAGCUUCGCUAUUGUCCCGGACAUUGGUGCUCCCCAUGCCUUUGACGAGGCUGCCAAGGGCGUGCGCGGUGUCAUCCACACGGCCACUCCCUUCCAGAUUGAAGUUGAGGACAACGAGCGCGAUUUGCUCAUUCCCGCUAUUGAGGGUACCAACAACCUCCUCGACGCCGUGAAGAAGAACGCCCCCGAGGUGCAACGCAUCGUUAUCACUUCCUCGUUUGCCUCCAUCAUCGACUUGGGCAAGGGUAACCGCCCGGGCCACGUGUAUUCCGAGGCCGACUGGAACCCUCUGACCUAUGAAGUGGCUGCUAAGAAGGAAACCCCUGGUGCUGCUGCGUACACUGCCGCCAAGACCCUGGCAGAGCGUGCGGCCUGGGACUUUGUCGAGCGGGAGAAGCCCUCGUUCGAUGUGGCCACCAUCUGCCCUCCCAUGGUGUACGGCCCUAACAUCAACGCCACCACCAACCUCACCAAGCUCAACACUUCCUCCGCCGAUAUUUACCGGUUGAUGUCGCCCAACUCCAAGCCCACUGACCCCGUUCCAUCCAACGCUUUCUGGUCGUGGGUGGAUGUGCGCGAUGUCGCUCAGGCUCACUUGAAGGCCUACCAGCUGUCCGAGGCUGGUGGUCAGCGUUUCUUCGUCACGGGAGGCAACUUCAGCUACCAGCAGUUCGUUGACAUCCUGCGGGAGAAGAUCCCUGAGAUCCAGGACCGCGUGCCUGUUGGAAAGCCCGGUUCGGGUUUUGGUGGCGUUGAGCUGUACGGCGUCGACAACUCCAAGUCCCAGAAGGUUCUGGGUCUCAAGUACCAUGACCUCGAACAGACCGUUGUUGACUCUGCGCGUGCUUUCCUCGAGUUUGAGAAGAGUGCGUAGAAAGCAUUGCAGCGAAACAUUGAAUAGAGAUACCACGAUAUGCAGUUGUACAUAAUUUGCACAUAAUUAAUGUGUUAGACUUGUAAAUAUGAAUUCAUCAUAACUGCAACAGAUCAGUUCAGCACAGUAGCUAGUAGCGGUAGCAGCGAAUGCUAA